GACCUUCCAGGAGAACCUCAACCAAGAUCAGCCACUCCAGCCUCUCAGCAAAAUGAAUGCUUCUCAAUCUCCACGUGCCUGGGCUGUGGCCGCCCUCCUGAUACUGGCCCUCUGCCUCUCGGCCAUCGCUGCUCCAGUGGGGUCCGACCCUCCAACUUCCUGCUGCUUCACCUACACGGCAAAGAAGAUCCCCCGGAACUACAUAGCUGACUAUUACGAAACAAACAGCAGGUGCUCUCAGCCAGGUGUUGUGUUCAUCACAAAGAAAGGCCGGGAGAUCUGUGCCAACCCCACGGAGAAAUGGGUCCAAGAAUACAUGGACCACUUCGAGAUGAACUGAGCAUCAGUGUUGGAGCAACAGAAGCCAUCAUCCUUGGCUGGGUCGAUGGGCAUCCAAGGCCUGGCAUCAUUUCCUGCCAAGGGCAUCUCAAGAACACCACUCGUGGCUUUUGUCAUCGCCUUGAAGUCAAAACCUCAGGGACUUUCUAUAAUAAUUUAAAUUUAUUUAAGGUAUUUUAUUUUCCUCAAAACCUAAGGGCCCACCCCUGUUAAUUAUUUUAUUUAUGUAACUUUGGAGGGAACACAAAGCAAUCAACCUCUUUGCUAUUUUUAUACAUGUGACUGUUUUAAUAUUACCACAGAAUAAGAAUUUCCACAACAAUAAAUGUUUUUUU